GACGGAGGAAAUGGUAGAGAAAACAGAUUAGCGCUGAUUCAGCAAAACAAAGACCCAAUGAAAUACUAGUAAAUGACAAGAAUGGCCGUUGCGUAGGAAAACCAUAGCAGCAGCAGCAACGACAGCCCAUUUUCGCUUUUCCCAAGAUUCGCUCUCCAAAAUCACCACAUCCGAUCCUUCAUUUCUCUCUCUUUAUUUAACCCCCUUAAACCCCCAUUUUUUUACGUAGCCCCAUUUCUCUCUCUUUCUUUAACUUCUUGUAUUAACUCGUUGCUCUGUGAUCUUGUUACUCAAUGGGGGGAGAUCACGGUAGCAAAUCGGACAUCUCAUUCGCUGGAACUUUUGCUAGCAGCGCUUUCGCUGCUUGUUUCGCUGAGGUAUACUUUUGAUCUCCUUUUGCAAUAUUUCUUGAAUUUUGUUUUUAUCCUUUUUCUUUUCUUUCCUAUCCAGAGGACCUACAUUGAGGUGUUAUUUGGUAGAGUGUAUUAAUACUGAAUGAGUUGUAUUAAUAAUGCUGGGAUUAAUAGGGCAGAGAUUAGUAAUACUGGAUUAUUUUUUUCUGCAUUGUUUGAUUUGAUGUACUGAAAAUAAUAUGUAUUGUUAUAUUUUAAAAAGAAUAUUGUUUGUUUACAAAAAUACCUUGACAUAUUAUAACUUUGUGUAUUUUCUUUGUAAAACUUUAUUGUUUUUUUUUUUAAAUAAAUAAAUAUAUAUAUAACUAAUUAUUUAUUUUGAAAUUUUAAGAUUCAAUCAUUCACUUACAAAUUUUUUUUGUUAUCUUUUCUCUAUUUGUUCAUCAUUUAUUUGUUGUUUCCACUCUGGGAUGUUCUUACGUUGGAGGGAGAUGCGUGUAACUUUUGAAUGAGAUAAUAGAAUUAUUAUUAACAUAAAUGUGUGUUCCGUAAAGUGUUAAAGCUAAUUAGAAAAAAUAUUUUUAUUUAUGAAUAUCCUAUUUACAAAAUUAAAGUUUGUAUGCAAUCAUGCAAUUUAUUUUUGGAUUUUGACCAAUAAGUAUUUUUUAAGUUAAUGGAGUAGUUUUUUUAUGACUAAAAUUAUUUGGAGAGAUAUUAUUAUCUUGAUUGAGUGUAGGGGUGCACGUGCACCCACUAGCCUCGAAAAGAAUUCUGUAUAUAUAGUUUGUAUAUCUAUAUAUAUAUAAGGGUGUUAUGUUAAAUAUAUGUCGUGCACCCACUGAAACAACUGAUUUGACUGGUGAGAUGGUUGGACUUGCCACUUGAAAGUUGUUUUUUUUACCUGAUUGCUCAGGUUCGAACCCCAACAACAACGUUUCCUUAUUUGUUCCUUUUUCCAUUUUUCAAAUUACACGAUCUGCAACAUUAUUGUGCAAAUGUAUAUAUUUAUCUUUUGAUUAAAAAAGAAUUCCUACUUAGUAGUCAUUUAUUUACACCUUUUCUUUUUUCUUUUAUGUAUUGUGGAUAUUAUUGACCUAUUUUUUAUUUCAAAAUACAAGCUUCUCUCCAACUUUAAAAGGUAGAUAUUCUCCCUAACUUAUAAAGUAUAAUAUUUUUUUUUUUUUAAUCUUUUGAUCAUUGAGUUAUUUUUUAUUUAAAAAUUUAUCAAUUUAAAGUUCGAGAUAGGCUUAAAUCGAAUAUUACCCGUUGCAACCAUUUGACAAACAAAUCUCUCGAAUUUCAUAUUUUUCAAAAACUUUCUAUUAUUGUUCAAAAUAUGAAAGUGCGUUGAAUUUAAAUACGAUGAAUAACACACUUUUGUCAUAUUAAAUCUAAUAAUUAACGAUGUUUAAUAAUAUUAAAAUUUUGCUUAUAAAAUACUAUAAUUAACAAGUUUUCAAAGAACUAUAUGUCGAACUUUGACACUAUUAAUUACUAUAUUUAAAUAUAGAGGUGCACCCAUCAAAUUUAAAUCUUGGGUUCUUGCAAAGUUUUGUUUAUUCUUCGAAUAGAAAUGGGUUGAGCUGAAGGUAUUUCAAAAACAGCCAAGAGGUAAAGGUAAGGUUUACUUACACUCUAUCCUCCCAGACCCCACUUUGUGGGAAUGUAUGUUGUUGUUGUCGUUCGAAUCCACUGGCACCCAUUUUUUUUUGUUUCUCAAUUUUGGGAAUUGUUUUUAUAUGAGUGAUUUCGGAAACAACCUCUCUACUUCGUCUGAGGUAGUGGUAUGGACUGCUGACACUUUACCUACACUGGGUAUGUUAUUGCUUUUAUACGAGUAAUCCACAAUUUGAAAUUGUGAACUGAGGUCUUUCGCAAACAGCCUCUCUAGCUCUACGAGGUAGUGGUCUCAUAAACUCUAACCUCCCCGGAUUUCACUGGGUAUGUUGUUGUUGUAUCCCCAUUUUGCAAUCUUUCUUGAAUUUUGUUUCAACUUUUUGGGUUAGUUGUCUUUCUUGAAUCAGUGAUUAUAUCUAUUGCUUAGAUUUUUGAUACUUUGAAUGAAAUGAGGUUGUUUCCUUUUCCUUUUUUGUUUCUCAAUUUUGGGACUUGCCUUUCUAUUAAUUUUAUGGUUAUUGGUUGUUAGGUACUCGAGAUUUGAUUUAUACAAUUUUGAUCUAUAUAUGUUUUUCAUAUGCAUGUUUACCUUUGAUUUUUCAAAUUAGAUUGCCUAAAUUUAUAAGCUUUUGGACUUUGAUUUUGUUCUGUGAGUCAAAAUCUGAUAAGAAUUGAAAUUGGGUAAAAAAUAUAGAUAACAACUCAGGUUUUGUUAAAAUCUCCUUCAAUUCGAAUCUGUUUUCUUCUUGCUGAGGAGUUCUUGAAUGACAUGAUACGACUAAUACCUAUUUGGAAAAAUAUUUUGCUUUUAUUAUAGAAAUUUCCUUUUGUUUUCUCAUGUGGUGAAACAACCAUCACCGCAAUACCGACCACCACCACCAAGUCUCUCUCUUUCCUCUCUUCUCUCUUACUGCCUCACCCCUUCUCCGACGAACCAGCACCGCCACGCUGCCCGUAAGCUGCACCACUGCGCCGCUGCCUCCCUCUUUCUCUCCUCCCUCCGCCGCCACCAUCGCUGGUGAAACCCCAUCAACUCCGUGCCUCCACCAUCCACGAGCACGCCGUCCAGCAGCCUCCGAUGCUGUUACAUCUCCACCAAAUCCGACCUGCCGCUGACCUUUUUUUCAUCAGACCGGCGAAGCCAUCCAAACCUGCCACCACCGCCGCCAACAAAAGCGCCGCUGUCACUGUUCAUUUUCUGCUUUAUCUAUUUUUGGUAAACUCCAUUGUGAUACUGGGAUUCGGCUAAUUGGUUCGACGGUUCGACGGACGUCGGUGGUGAAGGCGGCGGAGCCAGAAAAUCCAGGUGGGGCUCUCUACCGGAUAUUGCAACUACUGUCCAGAUUUGAGCCGGUGACUUUUCGGUGAAGUGAUUCCGGCGACCCAAUUUGCCGGGUUCCAGCACAACAAGCAAGAGAAGAUUACAUGGCAUGUACUUUACCAUUGGAUACUGCUAAAGUUAGACUUCAGCUUCAAAAGAAGGCAGUUGAAGGGGAUGGAAUAGCUUUACCUAAAUAUAGGGGAUUAUUAGGUACUGUUGGAACUAUUGCAAAGGAGGAAGGAGUAGCUUCAUUAUGGAAGGGUAUCGUACCCGGGUUACACCGUCAAUGUAUUUACGGAGGUCUUCGAAUUGGGAUGUAUGAACCUGUUAAAAACUUAUAUGUUGGCAAAGAUCAUGUUGGGGAUGUGCCGUUGAUGAAGAAAAUACUUGCUGCACUUACAACUGGUGCAUUCGGCAUUACAGUUGCAAAUCCUACAGAUCUAGUUAAAGUACGUCUUCAAGCUGAAGGAAAAUUGCCAGCAGGUGUGCCAAGGCGUUAUUCUGGAGCUCUAAAUGCUUACUCAACAAUAGUGAAACAGGAAGGAGUUCGAGCUCUGUGGACUGGUCUUGGACCCAAUAUUGGGCGGAAUGCUAUCAUCAAUGCAGCGGAAUUAGCUAGUUAUGAUCAAGUGAAGGAGGCCAUUCUUAAGAUUCCCGGGUUCAAAGACAAUGUUUUUACUCAUUUAAUUGCGGGGCUUGGAGCCGGAUUUUUUGCAGUUUGCAUAGGGUCCCCUGUUGAUGUGGUAAAGUCGAGAAUGAUGGGAGAUUCCGCGUACAAAAAUACUCUUGAUUGUUUUGUCAAAACAUUGAAGAAUGAUGGACCUUUGGCUUUCUAUAAAGGCUUUAUCCCAAAUUUUGGACGCUUGGGAUCGUGGAACGUCAUUAUGUUUCUGACAUUGGAGCAGGUGAAGAAGUUGGUAAAAAAUUUAGAAUCAGCUUGAUUUCAAAGAGGGACAUAUCAUUCAGCAACUAAUUUACAUCAAAUAUGGAUUGGCUCCGUCAAUCAUUAGAAGAUGGGAUCAACAAAGAUAUUUUCCAAUAUUUUUCUUUUUUUUCAUUUUCAUCAAUAACUCUCAUCAUAAAACCCAUUGAAAUUGUGAGAACGCUCAGAAACGUUUAGUUGGCCCCUUUAAUGGAACUCUUAGUUCUCAGAAACGUUUAGUUGGCCCCUUUAAUGGAACUCUUAUACUAUUCUUAGACUGCAAAAUGUUCUGCCUUUUGGUUGCUAGGGGAUUCUAUUACUGAAUUCAUGGAAUUGACUCUAAUGAUAAACAGUGAAGAUUAAGCUUGA